AUGGGAAUGACUUUCAGUGGAACCGGCGCGGGAGCUUUAGGGAUCAAUUUUGGAGGCUGCUUUAGAGCAUACCAUGAGACAGCCCAUGGGUCCGGGAAUUUCAGUUGUGCUUUUCGGAACUUGGCUCUCGCUUUUUUCUCUGCUACUAUGAUUUUGUUCUGUAGAAAUUUUGCUUUUAUAUCUGCUGCUUCGAUCUGCUUUUAUAUCUGCUGCUUCGAUCAUCUCUUGUUCCGAGGGACCAGCAAGAUGCUUGAGGUCGGCUACUUCUUGAUCGUCGUCUAUGUUUUCCGCAUCUCCUGA